AUGUCGGUGCCAGCGGAACAGCUGGAGACCUUCCUGCCGUCGGAGCUGCAUUUCAUGGCGGAGAAUGAGACCAUCGAGAUCCUGCCGCGACGAGUCGGCAACCCCAUCAAGCUGGCAGGCACAGAUCUGCCUCUCAUGCAUCCUCUUCGAAAGAACAGAGUCCCCAUCUGGAUGGCCAUCGCGCUCAAGAAACAGCAGCGGUGUCAGUUCGUGCCCCCGGACUGGAUGGAGGAAAGCAAUUUGCGGCGGAUCUUGGCUUUUGAGCAUGCCAACCCCACCGCGUUCUCCAACGUGGAUUUCCACUGGCUGGAAAUCGCCCAGAUUGUGCUCACCACCGCUCCAGACGACCUCACCUCGCCGCCACAGGUGAUCCGAAACCUCGUGCGAGAUAUCCGAGAGGUGCGGGAGCAAAAAAGUCGACAGGGUAUGAAGGAGGUCAACGAAAACAUGCUGCAGAUGGACCGACUGGGGGCUCUGGAGAUCAACGAAAUGAGACCGUUUGUGGUAGAAGGCAUGGAGGAAAUGAUCAAGAUCCGCAAGGCCGGCAAGAAGGAGGAGCCCAUAAUCUAUUCGGAAAGUGACAACCCCGAGGACGACGAGGAUGAUGAGCCUACUUAUGGACAUGACGACGAGUCUUCGUUGGCUGUGCCUUCAUCUCAACUGGACUCUUCGUUGCGAUAUGGAGACCGAGUGGACACUUCGGAAAGAAGACGAGAGUUGUCUCAGUGGGAUGAUAAUGUGCCGCAACAAGGCGGCCCCGAAUGGUGA